UCAAUAUGCUUAUUGAUAUAUAAAAUUCUUUUGUAAAUGAGUGGUACCCCCCUGGUACCUUUUUGUACUAUUCUAACUUUUAUCUCAAAAAAAAGCACAUGGACUUAAUUUUGGUCAUACCGGUUAAACCAAACACCCUUACUGACUGCACUGUUGUCAAGUGAUGGAUUUGAUUUUGCUUUAUGGAAUCUCUUAGCUAAUUUCCUCCAGGAGGCAAGUGAUCUCGUCUCAUGACAGUCUCUUAAAAGGGGAAAAUAGGCUGUAAACAAUGUGUUUGAUGAAAUGCAUGAAAAAAGUGUAGAUAUCCUCAUUGAAUUGUGGAGUUACUCUUGAGAUUGUGUUAUAGCAAGCUGAGUCUGCUGAUUAGCUUAUGGUCCACCUUCAUACUUUGUCUCCUUUUCAUGUUGAUGACCUAAAACAAAGUUCUUUUUACGGUCUUAAGCCACGAGUUUUUGGUCUGUCACUAGUGGGAUUUUUGUCUACUGAAUUAUCAUAGAACAGUUUCUUUCUUUUCCAUGUUUAUUUUCUUUGGCAUGUUUCUUUAACUGACAUAAUGGACAAUAGCGUGUAGUAUGCUUACGAUGUCUUUUUCUUCUUCUUUUCUUCUGAUUUAAUAUUGGUGUCCUUUGGGUCUUCGAUACGCUAACAUUGUCCAAGCAGUAGAUCCUAUCUUCUCUUCCCUGCAUGGUUGUUCAACGAUGUUGAUGGCUGCCAAUGAUCUUGAGGAUUUGGGGUCCUAGAGAAAAAAUUUUAAACAUGGUCAUGAAACACUCAUUCAAUCUUCCUUGCUGUUUUGCAAAACCUCACCAUUUCCAGUCAGCAUGAUGAAUCCCUCUUUGGUUUCAGAUAUUCUUUUUUUCUGUUCGCUGGACUUUCUUUUUUGUUCUUAUGGAUUGUAGCCUAAGGUUAAAGGAAAGAAACUUAGGACCAAUAUCAAGAUUUGACCUUCUGAAUCUUUAAAUCCUAGAUUUAGUUUCAUGCUAUUCUGUGGGGUCCAUAAUUAACGUAUUCAUUGUUUUCCCUCAUAAAUUGAUGUAUCAACUGCCACCUGUAUUACUCACUGUAUUUGCUGAAUGAAAUACUUUGAGAGCUUUACUUGUUAGUUUGUGAUAUUUGUUGCACAACAGGUUUAAGCAGUAUGGUAAUUUUGGUUUGUUUAAAAUUAUUCCUUCCCUUGAGUCUUUCUUUAAAAUAUUAGUUGCUUGAGUGUGGUUGAUACUUUCUUGUGAAGGAUGUCUUGAAAUACGUUAAUGCUUUACACGGUUCAUUUAAACUGAUACCUCAGCUAAAAUUUAUCUUGUGAAGGAUGUGUUCAAAUAUGUUGAUGCAGUACAUAGUUUGUUCUAAUUGAUGCCUCAGCAUGAAUUUUAAAUUUCAUACUGGGAAACUGUUGCUAGUAGACAACUUCUCGUGUCUCUUUAGCUAAAUGCAGGAGUUGUAAGCUAGAUUUAGAUAGAAGUUUUUAGCCAUUUUUAAAGCUUAUACCAUAAUAUGGUUGCCUUUCCCCUUCCCAUUUCUACACAUUUUCUUUGACCUAGUAUCUCUUAAUAGACCAAUGCAUUUGGUGACUGGUUCCACUUUAAAAGGAUUAUUGGUGACCGCUAACUUUACAUAUCUUGAAUUGCCUCGAUGCACCAAUUAUGUCAAAUGUUGAGUAAAUAAGCCCUGAUGGCUAGACUUGAAGGGACAAGAACAGCAACAGCUGGAUAAAAAUGGAAAUUUUAUUGCUGAAGUGAGGUUAUGAAGAGGCAACUCAUGGUUUAGGAGGAGGAAAAAGAUUGGGUUGAUUUGCAGUGGAGGCUCGGGCUGUUAGAAAAUGAAAGUUGGGCAAUUCCUGGUAGGUAGUGAUAGGUUUGGACUUUGAUAGAUCUGUCAUGGUGGAGUUAAGCCAAAGGAAUGGUUUGGUUGGGUGAGAAAUUACAUCUGUUGAGCCUGAAAAGCAGGGUAGACAAUACUUUGUUGUUUAAUAAUUCAUUGUGACAUACAUGUAAGUGCAAUUUUUAGUUUGUUUACAGAAAAUUGAAUGAUAAUUCUUAACCAAAGAGUUAGAAAUUUCAGGUUCUAAAAAGAUAUAUUGAAAGUACAGAUUUUAAUUACAGACGUUAGUUGAAGUACAAGAUAUUUUAAUGUGACACGUGAUACAGUCGUUAAUAUGAGCGGAAAUAGGUAUCAGGUCUUUGUUUCAAAUCAAAGUGCAUGAUGUUUUACAUGGUUUACCCUAUAUAUUGAACAGAGGAUUUAUCUCAAAAAAGAUAUAUUGAACAGAGGAUUGAGAAAUGGAAGAAAACUGGAAUAUAUCUAAAGUCCUUUUCUUCUCCUUGAGUUAAGUCGUGAACUGGAUGUAAAACAUACCAUCCCCUCCAUUUUUCUCUUCACCAGUUAAGGCAAAUACCCUCACAAAUACUUACAGCAGUUCCUUAUCUCAUCUCAAUCAUUGUCUUGCCUCUUUGCCACCAAAACCAUCCUUCAUUCAUUGCGCCUUCACAGCCAGGGUUUCACUCUCAGUUAUUUGAUUUUUGUGAAUUUUCAUUUUCCUCCAUGUAUAGCCUAUGAAUUAUUUGUUUCUAUCACUGGUUAGUGGUGAUCGCUUUUGUUAUUUGCUUUUGGUGUUUUUCGUUAUUUUUCAACAUCAGUGGUGUCGAAGUUAUCAUAUUCUCACCCUUCACCCACUGUCCAUAAUCAAACUUAAGGCUAGGAUCUUUUGGUUCAUUUCUUCCUAUAACUUUUUAAACUGUGGUUUUCCCGUUAUCUAUCUGUAUUUAGUGAAAUCAAGUUGGAUCUUUCAGAUUAACUUUAUUGCUAUUUCAUAUGGGAGAAAAGAAGUGUGAUCAAACUGGGAGAGUAUUUUCCCCACCUUCAUUCGCAAUUGCUCGGAGAAUUUCUUGGAGGUCAUUCCAUUGUAAUAAGAAAACAGGCACCCAAAAAAGAAGUUUGUGCAUCACUUCAUGAAAGAUGAACCAACUGAAUCAAGGUCCCAUCUCCUCUUCUCCAGUAGACCUCCCAAUGAAGCGAAAACGAGGUCGCCCACGCAAGGAUGAGAAUCUGGCUCAAGCUGAGAAUAAACCUGUAAUAGCUGGAUCCGAUGCCGAGAUAAAAAACAAGCAGAACACUGAUACAAAUAAUGCUGUUGCGGAUGACAUGGUGGGUCAGGUGGUUACUGGUGUCAUUGAUGGUACAUUUGAUGCUGGAUAUCUUCUUAAUGUCAAGGUAGGUGACACCGAUACUCAUCUGAGGGGUCUUGUAUUUCUACCGGGACGAUUUGCUCCGAUUACUCCAGCAAAUGAUGUGGCUCCAUAUGCUACGAUGUACAAAAGAAGAGACAUUCCAAUCCCGUCUCUAAACCCACAAACUCCACUCCAUGGUUCUGUUCCUCCACCAGAGAAAAUAGACAUGAAACCUGCUGAGCAUAAUAACCAUACACCUAAGUCAGAAACCCAGCCCUCUGAACAAAAGUCAUGCACCUUACCUGCAGAAAACCAAUUUGUCUCUGAUACGAGGCCUCCUCCUAGUAACUUGCCGAGGAAUGACACAGGUCUUUUGCUGGAAGAUAAAAUCACACAACCAGAAACUUCAGAGUCUGUGGUUGAGAGCAAGACUCCCCCUGUUAUGGACCAGCCAGAGGAUUUCAAAAUUCAGAAAGAGAAUGACAUGGCGCAGCAACUUGAAACCUCCAUGCUGUUAGAAGGGCUGAAUACUGAUGCAGGGGCAACUAAAGAAUCAGAGCCACCGGCCACUCCAUUUUCUGAUUUGCUGCCAUGCAUUGAAACUGCUGAUCAGAAUCCUCCUGUUGAACAACAGACAGGAAGUUAUGAUCUUAAGUCAAAUGAUCUGGUUCAAAAUGAAGUGAAGAGCCCAAAUGUCGACCACAACCAAACUCCCUUCUUUCCCGAACCUGAACCAAUGUCUUCUGAGCCAACUGGGGUCAAUAGUCUGAUUGAAAAACAAGUUUUGGAGAAGGAAGAUGCACCCCAAGACAUGCUGCCAGAGCCUCCAACAAGGCUGUUUCCGGAGAUGAGACAUCAGACUUAAAUGGAAGCCUCUUAAUGUGAAGUUACUGUGUUUUUUUUUUUUUUUUUUUCUGUAGACUGUUAUAUGAACUCUUAGAAUUCGCUUUUCGACCUCUGUUCUGAUGCAAAUUUUUGGGUAACCCUUAUUUUCUGAGUGGUUAUUCCUGUUAAUGGUUUGGCAUGUUAUUUUUGGUAUUACAUUAUUCACAUGUCAAUCCAUGAGGACCUUGGAGAUAGUGGUUGAUUUUGUUACAAUGAAUAAACACAUGAACAUACAGGUCAAUUCUCUUUACUG